AUGAAGGUGAAAGUGAUUUCGCGUUCAGCUGAUGAAUUCACCCGGGAACGGAGCCAAGACCUCCAGAGAGUUUUUCGAAAUUUUGACCCUACUCUUCGUCCUCAAGAAAAAGCUGUUGAAUAUGUCCGUGCAGUUACUGCAGCUAAGCUUGAAAAGGUUUUUGCGAGGCCGUUUGUUGGAGCAUUGGAUGGUCAUAUUGAUUCAGUUUCAUGUAUGGCGAAAAAUCCCAAUCACUUGAAAGGGAUUUUUUCCGGCUCUAUGGAUGGAGAUAUUCGGCUCUGGGAUUUAGCUACUAGACGAACAGUUCGACAAUUCCCUGGACACCAAGGUGCUGUACGUGGUUUAACAUCCUCUACUGAUGGCCAAGUUUUGGUCUCAUGUGGCACUGAUUGCACUGUACGGCUUUGGAAAGUGCCUGUUGCUUCCGUUAUGGAGUUAGAUGAUUCAUCUGAUGACCCGACUGAGCCUUUGGCAGCAUAUGUAUGGAACAAUGCAUUUUGGGCUGUUGAUCAUAAAUGGGAUGAUAACCGCUUUGCAACUGCUGGUGCUCAGGUUGAUAUCUGGGACCACAACAGGUCCCAACCGGUGAACAGUUAUGAAUGGGGAAAGGAUACAGUGAUUUCGGUCCGGUUUAAUCCUGGAGAACCUGAUAUACUGGCAACAUCAGGGAGUGAUCGUAGCAUAACAAUAUAUGACCUCCGUUUGUCCUCUCCAGCGAGAAAGGUUAUAAUGCGGACAAAAACGAAUUCCAUAGCGUGGAAUCCAAUGGAGCCCAUGAAUUUCACUGCUGCCAAUGAAGAUUGCAAUUGCUACAGCUAUGAUCUCAGAAAGUUGGAUGAACCUAAAUGUGUGCAUCAAGACCAUGUUUCUGCAGUCAUGGAUAUUGAUUACUCGCCGACCGGUAGAGAAUUUGUAACAGGAUCUUAUGAUAGAACAGUGAGGAUCUUCCAGUAUAAUGGUGGCCAUAGUAGGGAAAUCUAUCAUACUAAAAGAAUGCAAAGAGUAUUCUGUGUCAAAUUCACCUGUGAUGCAAGCUAUGUCGUUUCAGGGAGUGAUGACACUAACCUCCGACUUUGGAAAGCAAACGCAUCUGAACAAAUGGGAGUUCUUUUACCUAGAGAAAAGAAAAAGCACGAAUAUCAGUCGUCUGUUAAGAGCCGUUAUAAGCAUCUGCCAGAAAUUAAACGUAUUGUCAGGCACAGGCACUUGCCGAAAGCAGUGUUUAAGGCGGAUGCCACUAGACGUAUACAGAUGGAGGCUGAAAGAAGGAAAGAAGACAGGAGGCGGGCUCACAGUGCUCCGGGUAGCAGGCCUAAACAAGCCUUCCGCAAGAAAAGAGUUCUUCAAGAAGUUGAAUGA